GACCCCCCCCCCCAGGAGUCUUUUUUAUCAGGACAUACUGACCCUCACUCAGCAGCCAAUCAGACUGACCUUUGGACCACAGUGACCAACAGAAAGAAUAGAUUGAGAAAAUGAAAUCUUUCCUGAAUGAUAACCAUUAGCAGUUCAGCACCAACCGUCGUCGUCGUCUUCUUCUUCUUCUUCUUCAUGACUGAACAGUUUCUCUGACCGCGGUCAGACUAACUCUGACCACAGUAAGUGUGACAUCAUCACCAUCUUGUGUGUCUGUCAUAAAAACAAUGCUUUUUCUUCUGACCUGGGUCAUGGGAUCCUCAGACUCGAACCCUGUCGACUGCAUUCUUCGAGGGGUCGUGGGUGCGUGUGCAGUGUCAGUGCUGUGCAGUUUGAUGAGAGUUUACUUUAUUGUUCAAUCAGGCAGUCCUCAGGGCAGCAGAUGGAGAACAGAGGUCCAGUUCUGGGCCCUGACCCUCAUCUUGUCUGUGGUGGGCUCCAGGGUGUCGUCUCUGCUGGUGCUGGAGUUUUCUCUCAGAGCUGCUUCUGCGUGGACUGUUUCAGGCCUGGGUGCGUCCAGCAGAGGGCUCCAACUCCUCCUCAUCCAGUGCCAGUUCUCCUUGGGCUGCUGCUUCACCUGUCUUCUGGCUUUCCUCCAUCAGGGGGCUCCACACAGCACCCUCAGCCUGUCAUUGGCCGCGGCUCUCAGCUGGGCUCUGGCAGGUUCCGUCCACGGACUGUGGAGUCACGCGGCGAAACUGUACCCACUGCACAGCACGCAGCGUUACUGUGGGAAGUGCAUGACCCUGCUGACCUCAGGACACUCCGUACUGGCCUCACUGCAGACCGCGCUCGUCUUGGCCUUCGCUGUUGCCAAUGUGGCUUCUUUAGCCACAGUUUAUGACCACUUUCUGUCCGAGAAGGAUGCACUCAGGUUUUGGACUCCGCUCACUCUCUGCUACGCCAUGCUGGUGGUCUGCAUUCAAGAUAAUCAGAACCGUCAGACUCCGGCUGAGGCCCUGGUCCACACUGCUGUCCUGAGACUGGGGGCCGUCUUCGUCCUCAUGCUGACGGUGGGAGACUGGUCUGACGUCACACACGUCCUCAUCUGCUUCCUGGGAGAAGCUGCCUGUCUGCUGCCCUCUGGUGACCUUUUAGAUCUCUUACUCAAGGAAGAAGAAGAAGAAACAACUCUGGAAAAAUGUUGUCACAAACAAAGUAAAGUCAAAGACAGUUGAUGAUGUCACUGAAGUCCGUCCGUCGUCUACCUCCAUGAACCCACUGAUGUGUUAAUAAAAAGAAGAUCGUGGAUUUUUACUCACAGUGUGAACUGACUGUUUCUGAAUCCUGAAAGGGAAAUUAUUUUUGAAACUUUACUGUGCAAAAAAAAAGAUGCCUUGCUAAUGAGCGGAGCAGAGCCAGAGUUUGUGUUGGUGCGGGGCUGUAAGAAUCUUGAAGAGGAGACCCAGACCUCUGUGUCCACAGACCUUCCAGAAUGUUCUGAAGAUCCAUCCAAAUCUGGUUCUGUGUCCAGAUCAGGUGGUUCAGUUUUGGGUUGAAGGUUCAAAUCCAUCCUGACUACAUUUUUUUUUUCUCCUUGCAGACCAUGUUAAUGGAAACCAACAGUCCUCGUCCUCCUGUCUCGUUUACUUCCUGUAUGUUUCCCCCCUUUUUCAUGUCUGUCCAUUGAUUGGCUGAACAUUAACCAACAGUCAGGAUUUUAAAAAAAUAAUAAUUACAGAAUGGAAUGAAAACAUUUGGAAGAAAAAAAGUGGAAGAAGUUUCAAAAGAGGUUCAGUGGGUUUGAUGAGUGGGCGGAGCCUGGAGGUCUGAGGAUUGUGUCAUCAGUGAGCAUGCCCCCUUCUGCAGCUGUGACAUCACUUCAGCAUUCCUUAGCACAGACCAGGAA